AUGAUCUUUUCCUCGCAGGAACUUUCACCCAUGGAAGUCGGCGAUCCCAUCAGCUUUAUGAAAGUUUUGUGGAUCUGCGAUCUCAUCAUUUUUGGUAUUCCAUGGGCAGUGGAUUUGGAACUUACGCUUUGGCUGCCACCCUUCAACUUUACCCUUUGUGAGCUUUCAUUGCAAAUGGAUAGCGGUAUCGCUUUGCUCUUCAAUCUUGUAACACAAGAUCAUCAUGGAGAUUUACCGGCAAAUGAUCUGUGUGAUUGUUUGAAUUUGAAGGUCACUAUAAUUCCGGGCGAUGGAGUUGGGCCAGAGUUGAUCUAUACUGUCCAGGACAUUGUGAAAAAUACAGGCAUUCCUUUGGAUUUCGAAGAGAUUUUUUUAUCGGAAGUACAUUAUUCACGUUCCGCUUCUAUCGAAAAUGCUGUUAAAUCGAUAUCUCGUAAUAACAAUGUUGCUCUCAAAGGGGCAAUCCAAGAAUCCGCCGUACUUCACACUGAAGGAGAGCUAAGUGGCUUGAAUAUGCGUCUCCGUAGAGCUCUCGACCUUUUCGCGAAUGUGGUGCAUAUCAAGUCUUUGGAAGGCAUCAAGACUCGACAUGGAAAGAAACUUGAUUUUGUUAUUGUUCGUGAGCAAACUGAAGGAGAGUAUUCUAGUCUUGAACAUGAACUAGUGCCAGGCGUUAUCGAGUGCCUGAAGAUCUCGACUAAGGAGAAAUGUGAGCGUAUAGCGAAGUUUGCUUUCGACUAUGCUACGAAGCAUCGAAGAUCUAAAGUGACGGCUGUGCAUAAAGCAAACAUCAUGAAACUGGGUGAUGGACUUUUUCUCAAGAAAUGUCAUGACGUAGCUUCGCAGUAUCCAAGGAUCACGUUUGAUUCCAUGAUCAUUGACAAUACAUGCAUGCAGCUGGUUUCGAAGCCAGAGCAGUUUGAUGUCAUGGUCAUGCCAAAUCUUUACGGAAAUAUAAUCGAUAAUCUGGCUGCUGGUCUUGUUGGUGGAGCAGGUGUUGUCACUGGACAAUCAGUAGGAAGCGAUUACGUGAUAUUUGAGCCAGGAAGUCGGCACUCGUUCCAAGAAGCGUUGGGGAGGUCCAUUGCAAACCCUACCGCCAUGAUUCUAUGCGCCGCUAAUAUGUUAAAUCAUCUCCACCUGCAUGAGCAUGGUGAUGCUUUGAGAGCAGCAGUUGAAAAGGUAGUCAGGGAUGGAAAGGUCCGCACUCGAGAUCUGGGAGGUGUCGGCGAACUGAUAUCGUUCAAAAUUUUUCGCUGGGUAUCGUUUCGUGAUUUGUUGUACGUAAAUCAGUCAAUUAAGUGGAAAAGCGGUCUUGUGGACUGGGCAUCCACCGUGGACAUCGUCCAAGUUGUUAGCGCACAGAUGUGUGAAGAGUCUGAUGAAUUUGUUGAUGCGCUCGAAUCUGAUCAAGGAUUGUGUACUGACAACAAUGAUACGGUAUUGGAGUUGGACACAAUUACCGAAGAGUGCGGUCCGACGUCAGAAGAAACGUUCUCUCCAGCAUAUGUUAAUCUGUCUACGGAAUGCUCAUCAGCACUUCGUCGGGAUCGCCUUACUGCUCUACGGUCUCGGAUGCGAGAAGAAUUCGGUGGAAAGGAGAUGACAUCGCCAUGUCCACUUCCAUUAGAUUGUGAUUCUAUCAGCAUCGCGAGCGAAACAACCAGUCUACACUCGUGGCAUCGUCGCGUCCUGGCUGAGACGCAUACCGUGGUGGUGCAUCCCUCUGAUAGCUUGAGUACUAGAGCUGGACCAUCCCUGAAAGAUUUGUCUUUUCUACAGAAAUAUCCACGACCGAGCACAUAUCGUGAGCCAAAUGGAUCUUCUUGGAAUAAUGUCGCUGCUAUUCGGGCGACACCCAUCGUAACGGUGAAACCCAACGCAACAUCGCCAGUUGGUCCUCCUCCCAACCAUCCUCCUCCACCUUUACCUCAACCUGAUUCUGCACGAUAUAAGCGUAAUGAUCUACGUACUCCACCACCACUGCCGCCUAGAAAUUCCCCGCUUCGGCCGCCGUUAGAAGCAAGCCUCAGCCUGCGACCAACCGGGACAAAAGAAGGAGACAGGACAUCUUCUGAUACGCCAUUGUCGACUGUCCGUGACAUCAUAUCGCGAAACGGUAGACAAGGUCAUAAAAAAACAAAUUCUUUGGACAGAGGUCUAACCUUAGCAAAAUCAAUGAAGGCUGGUCCGUUUCCUCCACCUGCGAACAAAUCUAACUCACUGACGCGUCAAGAACCGGAUGAUGACGAAGAAGAGUGUGCUAGAAAUACAGCAGCUGAAGGUGUAAUUCUUCAGAUCACAACCAAAGUCAUCGGCGACCAUUCGAUUACGUGCGCAAAUGGGGAGCUGGAACCGAUUGCAUCCGAAUCUUCAUCUUUGUCUUCUCCCAAUUCGGAAGUAGCGGCAAAAAUUCUUGAGAACAAGCAAGAGGCAACUAUGCACUGUGAAGAUAAUGUCGCAAAUGGUGAAGAUCACGCCGGAGAGGUUGAACCAGAGAAAUCUUGUGAUAUUUACCUUCCAAGCACGAGCGCUUUGCAGAUUUCUGAUGUAGUGAGCGACGAAAUUCCGGUGUAUAGAGAAAUAGAAGUAGCGGCUACAUGCUCGUCUAUGGAUCCGAUUACGAGAGACGUAGAAAGGCGCAUGAGUAUGAAACGAGAGUGCUCACAUUCUGAAGAAUUAGCGAGUUACAGUGAAGACUCGCGAUCUAAGCAAUUUUCUGGUUCCCGAUCGAGUAUCGAUGUUGCAAAAACUUGGGCUAGGAGCUACGGCAGUUUCGCAACUGGAUUAUUUCGUGGAGCAAUCCAGAAGGUGAAAACAGCGACAGAUAGCUCCCAUUCUCUGAAAGGCGAUGACAGUUCCGACAGUGAAGCUGAACAGUCGGAAUCGGGACUACAGCCUUCCGGCCAUGGAACUGCUAUUGUGCGACCGAGGAAGGCAAAGAAAGGGCCAUUUGAUUUUGAGCAUCUCAGAGUUGUUCAGGAGCUGAACAAUGAACACACAGGAGCAGUCUGGUGUAUUCGUUUCUCAGUUUGUGGACGUCUGCUUGCUACUGCUGGACAGGACAGUAUAAUACGUGUCUGGGCCGCUCGAAGUCACUUCAAGUAUUUCACACAGAUGAGAGAAAGGUACCAGCAUAGAACGUCAGACUCUUCCGGCUCACCAAGUCACGAAUUUCAGUCGGCUUUUCGUCAUAUGGAGUCAUUCCGACCACCCAGCUCUUCAGGCGAAACUUCUCACUUAGACAGUGAUCUUAGCGGAGAAGAGCAGGAAUCUACUUCUCUCUUUUCUUCGAAACCCUUCGCCGUAUUCAAGGGUCACACUGCUGACAUAUUGGAUCUGUCAUGGUCAAAAAAUUACUUCAUUCUCUCUUCCGGAAUGGACAGAACUGUAAAGCUGUGGCAUCUGUCACGUGCCGAGUGCCUUUGUUGUUUUCAACAUGUUGACUUUGUUACGUGUGUAGCGUUUCUGCCGAAGGACGAUCGCUACUUUCUUUCUGGCUCACUUGAUGGAAAAUUACGGAUGUGGCAUAUUCCAGAUAAAAAAGUUGCUGUCUGGAACGAAGUCCCUGUAAAAUUCAUUACGGCGUUGACUUUCGUCAAGAAUGGGAAGUUCGCUGUUGUUGGCACCUAUAACGGCCGAUGCUUUUUCUACUCCACUGACCAACUCAAAUAUCACACUGUAGUAGAUGUACGGUCUACUCGAGGAAGAAAUGCGAAAGGCCACAAGAUAACGGGAUUAGCUGUCCAUGGAGAUAAGUUGCUAGUCACGUCAAAUGAUUCACGAAUCCGGAUGUAUGACGUCCGAGAUAAAGCUCUCACUUGCAAAUUCCGUGGUGCACAAAAUGAACGAUCACAGAUUCGUGCAGCGUUUUCUCCCGAUGGAAGGCAUAUUGUUUGUGGUUCAGAGGACAAGUUUGUCUACCUAUGGCGUACCGCUGAUCUACCUUCUACAUUAUCAGUGCGAAAGGAUCGUAAUGCUAUGUGGGAAAGGGUUCGUGCUCAUACAGCGCCAGUGUCUGUAGCUGUUUUCGCUCCAAAGCCGCAGGUAUACCUAUCCAUGAUGGCAAAAAUGGAGGAUGGCAGUAAGGAGGCUGCUCAUGUGGGCCACGUCAUUGUCAGUGCCGAUCUACAAGGGAGUAUCAAAAUCAUGGGGCCUGCAGGAUCGCGAGAGUCGGACGUGCGUACGGCCAUUGCGCCGCGCACGUCAGAUCGGCGUCCGACGACUCGGCACGACGUGGGAACGGUUCAAGUUGGCCUAGCGAUGGAGCACAGACGAAUUCGACUUGGUGAGCAGUGUAUGUUGGAUGAAGACAUGCAGACAGAGUUCAAAAUGCACACAAAGAAUUCACUAUUCGAAAUUCCUCCUCGUUGUCAAGCCUUCCAUGAAGGGUGCCUUGUGCGCAAAAUGCAGCCUACAAGCAAGACCAUUUCUGCGUUUCUAAAUACUGAAGGUGGCACAGUCUACGUGGGAAUUGAUGAUCAGGCUGUUAUCCGUGGAAUAAAGCUGACUGCACCCAUGAAGGACCACUUCAUUCUCUCUUUGAAUCAUUCGUUGUCACAGUUUACUCCACCAGUCCCUCAUGAACUUGUUCAAGUGCAAUUUUUGGAAAUAGACGACUCCGGCAGCAAUGAAAACGCAGAAGUUGCCCCAUCGCCUGCAGAGAUGCCAACCGCCUAUGAUGCUUCGAACGGUAAUGAGGACAAUAGUGAAGCAGAAUUCCAAAGACUGGUGAAUAAGGAGGGACCACGUGCUCACCUGCUAGGAUGGUCCUGUCUUUGCGACUUCGUUGAUCUCGAGGCCAAGCUGUACUUGAUUGUCAUCAAGGUUCACAAAUCUACCAAUGGAACUAUUUAUCAGAAUGAGGAAGGGCUAGCUUAUCGCCGAAGUAAUGGUGCAAAUCAGAUGAUGACCAUAAACGAUCUCAUGAAGAAACUGGUGGAUGGUUGGAUUGGCUGAGAAAGUUGAGCAGAUUCAUAGGCAUUCCUUGAACUCAAUCGUAUCUAUUGUGUCACAUUGCCGCUUCUUCUGUAAAUAAACAGAUUGGACUUCGUUUCAAUUAUGAUCAACUUGAUCCGAAGUCUGUUAACUUUCAUGACGCCUUCUUUGAAUAGCGUAUGUUUUUUUCGGUCUCAUCUCAGUUGAUGUCAUAGCUGCUUUAUGUACAUUGAUCAAAUUUUUGAGUACCUUUAUUUUCUUCUAUUUAAUUAUGAGUCGAAGAUUUCGGAAAUCUCUAAAGCAUUGACCUUUAUUCUUUGUGCGUUUGGUAUCCGUCUUCUUGUUCAUGAGCCUUGUUAAUUUUAAAGCUGUAGUAAAAGUAUUUGUGG